UCAGAUUUAUUAUCAUUAAUUAUUAUCACAGAUUACAGUGUAACAUGGGGUAACUGAUGCAACAAGCAGAAAUUCAACUUUGUAAUUUAUAUUUAAUUUAGUACAGUAAUUAUUAAAGAUUUCAUACCUCGCAGACUAUUUCAAAAUAUAUUAAUAGCAGUAUAAGAAUUAUAUAUCACUAGAAUCAACUCUAAUGAUGUACAUGUAAUCAUGCGAGUUGUAUGUAAAUAUUCUUCACCCCGCCACUUUAUUUAAAUAUUUUGUAUUAUCAUUUUAAACUACAUGAAAAACAGUUUUAUCCGCUAGUCAGACGAUAAAGUUCCAAGCACCAAGAUGUCUUAUAAGAUUUUGAAGACAGUGAUGAGGACAUAUUCUUCAUGUCCUAAAAAAGUUCCUCAAGUAUGUAUAGUGGGAGCUGGGCCGGCUGGAUUUUACGCUGCGAUGCAUCUAACAAAAAAUAUGGAAUGCAAUGUAGAUAUUAUGGAGAAACUUCCAGUGCCUUUUGGAUUAAUAAGAUAUGGUGUGGCUCCAGAUCACCCGGAAGUAAAAAAUGUAAUUAAUCAGUUUACAAAAGUAGCACUUCAGCCGAAUGUAAAUUUUUAUGGCAACAUCACUCUGGGGAAAGAUGUUGGACUCCACCAGCUGAGACAACAUUAUGAUGCUGUUCUUUUGACUUAUGGUGCUGAGGAAGACAAGAUAUUGGGUAUAGAAAAUGAAGAUGCAAAUAAUGUUAUAGCCGCUCGCAACUUUGUUGGGUGGUAUAAUGGUUUACCAAGUGAUAAAGAUUUAAAAAUUGACUUAUCUUGCAACACAGCUGCAAUUCUUGGACAAGGAAAUGUGGCAUUAGAUGUAGCAAGAAUUCUCUUUACCCCAAUUGAUGAACUGAAAAAAACUGACAUUACUGAACAUGCACUUCAAGCCCUAGCAGAAUCUAAAAUUAAAGAAUUAUUAUUGAUUGGGAGAAGAGGCCCUCUUCAGGUAGCUUUCACAAUAAAAGAACUUAGGGAGCAGCUGAAAUUGAAAAAUUGUAAAACUGUUUGGAGAGAGCUAGACUUCCAUAAUAUCGAUAAUAUUGUACAAGAUCUACCUCGCCCUAGAAAACGAUUGACUGAACUAAUGUUAAAAUCACUGAAUGAAAAACAAACUGUUGCAGACAGUCAUGAUUUGAAAUAUUUCAAACCAAUGUUCUUUAGAAGUCCAAAUAAAUUUUUAGUUAAUGAUCAGAAGCAGUUGAUUGGUUUAGAAUUAACAUGUAACAAACUUGUAGGGGAUAAAUGGGAAAAUCAAAAAUGUGUAGCAACUGAAGCUACAGAAAAUGUGGAUUGUGGUCUAGCUUUUAGGAGUAUUGGAUAUAAAAGUAUAAAGGCUGAUAAUGAUCUAGUAUUUAAGAAUGGAUUGGUAGUAAAUAAUAAGGGUUGUGUUGUAGAUAAUAGUCCUAAGGAUUUGGCUAAGUUAUAUGUAGCUGGGUGGUUGGGAACAGGACCUGUAGGUGUAAUAUUGCAUACAAUGGGAAAUGCUUUCCAAGUUGCAAAAACUAUUUGUGAAGAUUUGAAUAGCGGAGCUCAAUGCAAAAAUGGAUUUGAAAGCAUCAAAAAUGAAAUACAGAGUAAGACUGUUAUAAUCGAUUGGAAGGGUUGGGAAAAAAUCGAUAAAUAUGAAGUUGAUCAGGGGAAGAAAAUUGGAAAACCCCGCGAAAAAGUAUGCAGUAUUGAAAAGAUGGUUGAAAUUGCUUGUUAGUAUAACUAACAAAAUAAUAUUGUGAAAUAAAUUGUUUUAAAUCAAUAAUAAUUUACACUGAUUCAAAUUAUAUUUUUGUUAAUAUUUUAUUUAAACAAAAAAUUGUCUUAUCGCCCGUUUAUUAAGUUUGUCUCCAGCCUAGAUAUGGAUGAUCGUGCGCCGCCGCUCUAAUCUUGCACGGCAUGCAUUUUGUUAAAUUUUUAUUUCUUUUUGUAAAAUUUUAAUAAUGAUGGGGCAUCAAAGAUAUUUUAAGUUUGAUAUCAGAUAAAAACUACUAAUAACUUAUAUCGAAAAAAAAUGUCAGUCAAAAUUCUGUGAUAAUAGAAUUAGCCAGUUUUAUGCUCUGUGGGGUCAAGGCAAAGCAAGAGUCAAGACCCAUAAUAUACAUGCUAGGAAUUAGUGUUUGUGUUGAGAGAAGGACAGUGCCAGGCAAAAGUAAAGCAAAAGAUGUAUGCUAGAAUAUUUUUUGAAGAGCGGUAAAGGAGCAGCAGAGAAGGAAAACCAACACCUCACCCCCGGUAGAUACAAAAGCCGAGCGAGAAAUAAACAAGUGUUUAAGAUUUACUUAUGUGUACGAUCAUAACUGCGCAAAAUUGUGUUGCACUUCUUCUUCAUAGUUCUUCUUUAUAGUUAUACACUAUAAAGAAGGAUAUCAGAGCCAAAUUUAAACUCCAUAAGUUGUUACCAAUUGGUAAGAAAUAGGCAUGGCGAAAUCGAUUCUUCGAUUUUUAAAUGUAAUCGAAAUAAAUGAUUUUUUAUUCCUGGUA